AUGCCCACUCAUUUGUCGAAGACCCGUAAGCACCGCGGCCACGUCUCGGCCGGUCACGGACGUGUGGGCAAGCACCGCAAGCAUCCUGGAGGUCGUGGUCUUGCUGGUGGUCAGCACCAUCACCGUACCAACUUCGACAAGUACCAUCCUGGUUACUUCGGUAAGGUCGGUAUGCGCCACUUCCACUAUACUCGCAACAUGCACCACAACCCUACCAUCAACGUCGACAAGCUCUGGACACUCGUACCAGAGGAGCACAAGAAGGAGUUGACGGCUGACUCUGAGGUCGUGCCGGUGUUGGAUUUGGUCCGCCUUGGGUACUCGAAGGUCCUCGGUAACGGACAGGUGCCCCAGAUUCCUCUGAUCGUCAAGGCACGCUUUGUGUCUGCACGGGCUGAGGCUAAAAUCAAGGCUGCCGGCGGUGUCGUUAAGUUGGUUGCCUGA